AUGUUAAGACGCUAUUUCUCGAUAAAUCGUUUAUGUUCAAUAAAUCUUUGUAUACUUAUCUUUGUAAGCAUAUUAUUCUAUAAUAAAUCAAUAAACGAAAAUAAAUCAUUAAAUUUUUUAAAUAUUAAUCAAUCAUCAGAAAAAUCUGUAUUUCAAUCGCGAUUGAAUCAACGAUUAUUUUAUUUUGGUCAACAAUUUCCUCAUAUUAAUAUCAGUAAACUUCUUCAUAUUCAAACAACUUCAUCUCAAACAUUAACAUAUUUUUGUUCGAAAUAUUGUGGUGGAUGGGGUGAUAGAAUUCGUGGUAUUACUUCAACAUAUAUUCUUGCUGUCUUAUUACAACGUCGUUUUGUUAUUGAUAUGCAAUAUCCUUGUAAUUUAACACAUUUUCUUCUACCAAAUCUAGUCGAUUGGAUACCCAAAUAUCAUAUAUAUGAACAGAAAAAUUAUUUAAAACUAGAUCCAAUGCAUAAAUAUGGAAUUGAACUUUAUUCAAAUAUAUCUUCCGGUAAUCUAAUGGAAAUUUGGUCAAAAUAUGAAAAUAUUUAUCUUACAGCAAAUAGUGAUUAUAUAACACCUGCUUUAAAGAAUCCAUUUUUUCAAUUAAUUAAAUCACAAAUAAAUAUUCAAUCAAAUGAAUCAACACAAGAAAUAUUAUUUCCAUUAAUAUUUGAACUUCUUUUUAAACCAACAUCCAUCGUUAUCAAUCAAUUAGAUAAAUUAUUUUCCAAAAGUUCUUUAUCAUAUAACCAAUCAAUUAUUUGUAUGCAUAUUCGUAUGGGACAAAAUCCAACAGUACCGAAAGAUGCAAAAUUACCAUUUCGAACAUCCAUUGUUUAUGAUAUGUUAAAAUUUAUUGAUAAAAAUUUAAAUCAAUCAUAUUCAUCUAUAUUUAUUACAACGGAUUCAUAUGAAGUUCAACAAAAUAUUUAUAAACAUUAUGGUAAUGAUCGUAUGUUAAGUAUACCUGGUCCAAUAGUUCAUAUAGAUAGAUAUAAUUCAAAAAAAGAAUCCUAUGAAAGGCUCUAUAAUGGUUUUCUUAAAGUUAUAUUGGAAUUUUAUUUUCUAGGAGAAUGUGAUACACUUCUUAGAUCUCGAAGUGGUUUUAGUGAAUGGGCUAGUUAUCGACGAUUGAAUAAAUAUUCUAAUUUAUAUUUAUAUUGUCGUGGAAUACAUCAAAUAACUGGUCCAAAAUGGCGACGACCGUACAAUAUCUGUUAA